CUUAAAAUAAGGCAAUGUACUUAAUAAUGAGAAAAAAAUCGUGUCUAUUUUAAGUGGAGUGAAGUUGGAGUAAGCAUGGAAUAAAGUAGAAAAGAGACCAUAGCUACCUGACAGAACUGUAAAUGUAAUAAUCAAGGCUCGGGGCACAAAAACAGGUAUAAGAGAAGAACUGAUGCAUGAAAUUAAUUUGUACACUGAACAUACACACACAGACAGCCUAUAAUAUGUUUUAAUAUAUAACAGAAUACUUCAGAUUACAUGACUUUUCCUAAUAUUGAAUUUCACGCUGGCACCACGAGGUGAACUGCCGGUAAUGAAACCAAUCUGUUUCACCGCACAGAAAUAAAACUUACAGGAAAUGUUGGAGCCGUGCUGCAGUCAGUUAAACAAGCAGAGCUUAAAAUUGAAAGGCCAAAUUUGAGGCUUACAGGUCAGUGAGGUUAGUGUAGUUUUACCUCUAUUGUUAAAUCCAGUGGCUAAAAGAAGAUGAGUGAAAGGUGUGAAGGUGAAGGUGUGUGGUCUGUUAAAGGCCUCUAGCUGACUGUUUGGCCUGCAGACGGAUGUGCACAGAUGAGUUCAUGACCUCUCCGUGUCUAUCUAACCCAGUUCUGGACCUUCUCAUGAAUGUAUUAGUGAAUUGAUGUCACAGUCGGGUCUAUAAAAGCUGAAGAGGGACAUUUUCACUCAAAGUUACACUUCGACUUCACCACCUACGGUUACCGAGACAAACCAGAGUCCUGGACACCAUGCUGAGCGAGCGCCUGCUGCUGCUAACGUUGACCUGCUCCAUCCUGGUGUGGUGUGUUAACUGUGAUGAUUUAGUGGAGGUGCGCUCUGCAGAGGAGGAGAAAGAGCUGAUUGAUGCUUUACAGGAAGUCCUUAAAAAACUGAGGAAUAAACAAAUUCCAUCCACCGAAAAGAGGCUGGGCUGGGUGCAUUCAUGUGAAGUCGGAGAGCAGUGUGCCAUCCGUAAAGGUGCUCGCUUUGGAAAGGUGUGCACCUGUCCUGAAGGAACCGCAUGCAGCUUCUCAGCUCUGCAGUGUUUUUGAGAUGGUGGAGGACUUUUGACACAAUGUAGAUAUUCAUAAAUAAAUGCAUUUUAUACA